CCAGUUGAAUCGUGCAUUUACCGUCGACGGUGCUUAUCGUCAUUCUUGCAGGUCUCUCUGUAUCCCUGCCAUUGAGCUCGCUAUCUCCGUAUCCCACUUUUCGAGGAUCCCUAUAACCCUCGCCUGCUGUUCAGUAAGUGGCAAGCUGCCCCUUGCUGCACAACAUGAGCGACUUCACUGCCGAGAAUCAAAGAGCACCCUCUACUUCGGCUGACCGCACCUUCGAUGCUUUGAUUCAACGCGCGUCUCUUCGCAUCGGACGCAAUCUCGGCGUCGUCCAGCAUGCUAGUGAUACCGAACGGCUCGGCAAUCCAGCUUCAGGCGACACCGCUCCUCCCCGAUCCUUCACUCUAUCCGAGGAGCAGGCUGCGUCUCAGUCUGCGUCGCCUAUAUGCGUGCCCCAAAAGCGAGAGUCAACAUCAUCGCUCUCGGUGGACGGCCCAAACUCGAAGCGGUGUCCCUCGCGUUCGCCACCGCCCUUGCAGAAAUCAUACAGUGCCAAAGACACUCAGCGAGCUGAGGGGCCCGGAAAGGGGCUGCACUCUGACUUGUGUCCCUUUAUGGAUGUGACGGAAUCGCCAACUGGCGUCCGCAAACCGAAGGCUCAACGUGAUCAACGCAUGGGACUUCCACUGGGGUCUUUGAGCGACUCGGCGUCGACGAUGACCCGACAUGAGGAGAAGUCCGUUUCGCAUGACUCGGAAGAGGACUCAGAUAUGGACUGGUCGAUCGAUGCCUAUGGUUCUACCUCCAUCGAGGACUCCUCGAUCGUGGAUGACUCGGAAACACAAAGCGACGGGGUCGACUUCAGGGACCGAGACUCCACCGGGGCGGAAGGUUGCGAGACUACUGCGCUCAUGAGCGAUGCAGGGAUCGACUCGUCCUCCAAUGAUGUUUCUCGCGACGUCGCAGGCCCCUCGCACGUUCUUCUCUAUCCCAACCUCGCAAUCUUUCCUUAUGCCUACGGCCCCUACACCUUCAUCCCACUCACGGUCUCUCCGGCAAAUGUCGUACAUUCGAACGAUGCUACUGUUAUUAGGAAACUCUGCCCUUGGGCUCUGGACAACGGUCAUCGGGGGAAAGGACAGUGUUGCAACGUAGAGGUCUCUGGCGACGGCCUUCGCGACUUCAUGCAGCGGCUUCAGGGCCAUAUACAGACAGCGCACAAUCCACCGAUAGGAGAGAAAGAUGGUGCGCAGCGCUACCUGUGCCGUGCGAUCCUCGAAACUCCAGGCAAGACUUUGUGCCGUUCGCGAAUAACGACCGGAUUUCCUUACCAGUGCCGACUCGCUGGGCACAUUGCUCGCGAGCAUCUUGGAAUGCAGGUGCCUCGGGAUUUUAAUCCUUACGCGGCGGAGUGCUCCUCUGUCUGAGUGACACGCGAGCUGCACGAUAGUCAUAGGCCCUCGACAUGAUUGAUACACUGGCUAGCGACGGGCCUCAUUUGCCCCUUCGCAGUAUGUGUAGACCGCUGUAUGUUCUCUUCCCACAGUCAGCUUCGUACUGCAUCCAGAGCAUAGCAAAUUCAGAGAAGCACAGCUCUCUUUGGCAUACGCACUUGAUACGCACCCUUUGACUAAACAAACCGCUUGAUCAUGGC